AUACUAGACCUUGGAUUUUUAUUCAUUAAGAUAAGGGAAAAGAAUAGGGUUCACAACUAAUCAAUAUGGAUUAUUUACAGAUGUGAUUUUACAACUAAUCCUAAAUAUGGUUAUACGUUAAAGAAUUUUAGACCUUGGAUUUUCUUUCCUCCUGAGAUAUAACUGGAUUGUUUACGUCAUGUUAAAUCAGCACUAACUUUACUUUGUCCGAGUUUAGGUCAUAUAUGGUUUGCUCGUAAAAAUGUCUAAUAGAUAAGGGAAUAAAAUUAAGGGAAAAUUUGUCUAAUUGUCUAGGAAAAUUAAUUAGUAAAUUUUGGAAGUUUAUCUAUCUUUGUUUUAGUGUUGGACAGAAGUUUUAGGGAAGAGCUAGAUGAACUCAGUUAGUAUUGCCAAAUUUCAAAAAUUUUGCACCUCAUGUUUUUCUCGGUGUUUAAUUAGGUGCAAUUAGUGGGAGUUAACUGGGUUCAGAAAUGUUGUUAUCUAAUUUAUACUCCUUGGAUGAAAACAUGGGUCUACAGCGAGAGUUAGUUCUGUUCAAUGUCAUAUGAGCCCAGAAAAAACUUAAAUGUAUAUGAUUCCAUUUUGCAUCAACUUUAUAUUCGAAUUGUUUCUUAGUUUAUUUGGAUCUGAUUUGAAAUUUUAAGAAUAAUUUCAGAAAAGGGUCGACCAACCAUGGACUAGAGUCUGGACCAAAAGGAUGAAAAUGAUUUUGAGUACUUGGUACUCUUAUUCGACAGUCACUCUGAAGGCGACCUUUUUUUCUUCCACUUCUUCAAAGAGGUCUGCAGAGUUGUGUAUGCUUGGACUUACUAUUGGAGCAGCACUAGGUACUGAGCUAGGGAAAAUGUCAAGACCAGCAAGGAGGGGAGCAAUAUUGAACCUCAAUUCGCAACUGUCAAGUAAUGGCUUUGUUGUCCUUCAGUUUGGUCUUUGCAGCUAUAGAAUCCCCUGUCCAGAUGCUUUGGUCAUGCUACCACAUGUUGCUCCAGAUGCGCAAGCCUGUUAGAUACUGGAGUGUUCCAUAUAUUAUAGCGUUGAAGUAUAAGUGUUGGGCAUGUAGAAGAGUCCAGGGAGAACUAUGACAAGCUAAAAUGCAUAUUCAAGCAGAUGUGUAAGUGCUAGGCAUUUUUCAUUGCUCAUGUCCCCUGUAGCCUUCCAUUUCACAAACUAUAUCUGUGGAGGCUAAAAUCAAGUGAUCAAGUGAGAAAUAAGAGAGAAUCGAAAGUCUGUAUACAAAAGUGGUAGAGGAAGUUGUGCAUGCCGUCAGUAACUGGACCAGCAGAAGCUCCACCAGAUUUGAAUGAUCCUAAACCAAAGGCUAAGUCUGAUUACUGAGAAACUAUGAAGAGCUUCUUCUGUUAAAGUCGUAGUAGCUCCCAACAGUACAAAACAGUGGAUGCUGAAACUAUAUUUGUACUCCAGAUAAUUGGUAGCUUAAAUUGAAUAAAAAUUCCAAGCUUUAUAGUUAGCAAA